AUGAUUGUGUCCACUACAUGCCAUAUUGUGUGCCUUCAGGAGACCAAAUUAGACGACGUUGAUCAAUUCGGUGCAUCCUCCUUGGGUGGGCACCGGCUCAGGAAUUUUGCUCAGCGCCCGGCGCUGGGCACGCGGGGGGGCAUCCUGGUUCUGUGGGAUGAGGCCACUAUUGGGCUGUCCAACGUUUCUAUUUCAGAAUUUUGCCUUUCUGCGGAUGUCCAAAUUCAGGCCUGCGGAACCACCUUCAAGCUCACAACGGUUUACGGCCCUACGACCUCUUCGAGAAAGGAUGAUUUUUUUGCUGAGCUUCUCACGCACAAGCCAGUUGCUGGGGUCAAAUGGGUAGUGAUGGGCGAUUUCAACCAAAUUUACAAGGCAAGAGAUAAAAACAAGCGUAAUGUAAACCUGAGCCGCAUAAACCGCUUCCGGGCAGCCCUAAAUCUCUGCGAGCUUAGGGAGAUCCAUCUCCAGAACAGGCGCUUCACUUGGAGCAAUGAACGACAAAAUCCGACCCUCUGCAAGCUUGACUCCAUUUUCUGCAAUGACGAGUGGGACAUUCACUUUGGCACUCAUAUCCUACAUGCCUUGUCGUCGUCCCUCUCAGACCACUGCCCACUUCUCCUAGCAGAGGACAGUGGACCACGGCGGCCGCGCACUUUUAAAUUUGAAAAUUUCUGGGCGUCCAUCCCAGGUUUCCAAGAUGUGGUGAAGGAGGCUUGGCAUCAUGAUUCUGGGCAUUUCGAGCCAUGCCAGAACCUUUUCCACAAGCUUAAGAGGACUGGGGCUUGCUUGUCCAAAUGGAGCAGGACACUUUUCUCCCAAGCCAAGAUCCACUUUCGCGCAGCACUCAUGGUCAUCCUCAGACUUGACGUGGCCCAGGAGACAAGAGAGUUGUCGGCCGGAGAGAUUCAGCUUCGGGCUAGGCUCAAGAGGAGGGUUAUCGGCCUCGCGGUGAUCGAGCGCUCAAGGAAAAAACAAAGGAAAAAUCACAUUCACCGUCUCAAGCACAACAAUGGCUGGAUCACUGGACAUUCUGAGAAAGAGGAGAUCAUAUUUGAGCACUUCUCUAGUGCUUUGGGCAGGGUUGGCAGGCAGGAGAAGGACUUCAACUGGGAUAACUUCAAUUUCCCCGACGUGGAUUUGCACGAGCUUGGGAACCCUUUCUCGGAGGAGGAGGUGUAUGCGGCCAUGUGCCAAAUGCCCAGAGAUAAGGCCCCUGGUCCCGAUGGGUUCACCGGGCUGUUCUUCAAGAGCUGUUGGGAAAUAGUAAAAGACGAUAUCAUGCGCGUUAUACACUCUUUUGGGACUCUGCGGACUUCCAACAUGCAUUGGCUAAACUCAGCAAACAUUGUGCUUCUGCCGAAGAAGGAUGGCGCGGAAGGAGUUGCUGAUUAUAGGCCCAUUAGCCUCAUCCACGCCAUUGCCAAGAUUAUAGCCAAGACGCUGGCGCUUCGUCUGGGACCCCACAUGGACAACCUGGUCUCCAAUGCCCAGAGCGCGUUUAUUAAAAAACGAAGUAUACAUGACAACUACAUGUACGUCCGCAACCUCGCUCGACGUCUCAACAAAAGCAAGACACCUUCCUUACUCUUCAAACUGGAUAUCUGCAAGGCUUUUGAUUCCGGCUUUCGUCAGGGCGACCCGCUCUCACCCCUUUUGUUCGUCAUUGCCAUCGACCCGCUCCAACAGGUUCUUGACUUGGCCACCAGGCACAGGCUGCUUCACAAGCUAAGGGGACGUGGUUCUACCUUUCGGGCCUCGCUCUACGCCGAUGAUGCAGCAGUUUUCAUCAAGCCUAUCAAGGAGGAUGUGGACAACCUUGCUUCCAUUCUGAAAGGUUUUGGGGAGGUCACGGGCCUCUGUACAAAUGUCUCCAAAAGCUCGGUCGUCCCCAUUCGUUGCCGAAACCUUAACCUUGACGCCAUUCUUCAUGGGCUCCCCGCAAAGAGAGCUUCCUUCCCGCUAAAAUACCUGGGGCUGCCCUUGUCGGUGUGGCAGCUCAAACGUGCGGACUUUCAGUACCUGGAGGAUCAGGUCGCAGGAAGGCUUGGGCACCCUGAACAACAUCAGCAAGAUUGA